AUGUCGCUGAUACCGCUGCGCGUGUUACGUUGCCAAGGUUUAAAUAAGUUGACUGUGCCGCUCAGAUUGGUAGCUUCCGGUAGUAUCGUUGGAUCGCGAUCCUGUUCAGUGUUCAAGAAUUUCCUCAGAAGCAUGUCGUACACGACGGUCGAACGGGGUGCUUUGAACAGCACCGACUACAGACUUUAUUUUAGAAAUGAAUUGGGACCAAUUUCACCUAUGCAUGAUAUUCCACUUUAUGCUGAUGAAGCCAAUAAAGUAGUUAACGUAAUAGUUGAGAUACCAAGAUGGACGAAUGCAAAGAUGGAGAUCAAUUUGAAGGAAACCUUGAAUCCCAUUAAACAGGACAUUAAGAAAGGAAAAUUAAGAUACGUCGCCAAUUGCUUCCCACAUCAUGGUUACAUAUGGAAUUACGGUGCCUUACCACAGACAUGGGAAAAUCCAGAAGUGUUGGAUGAAGCUACUGGUUAUAAAGGAGACAAUGAUCCUAUCGAUGUCCUUGAGAUCGGGUACAGGGUUGCCAAAAGGGGAGAAGUUUUGAAAGCGAAGGUUCUUGGUGCUGUUGCACUUAUCGACGAAGGCGAAACUGAUUGGAAGAUCAUAGUUAUCGAUAUUAACGAUCCUUUGGCCGAACAGAUGAAUGAUAUAUCGGACAUUGAGAAACAUUAUCCUGGCCUGAUGAAAGCAACAAUCGAGUGGUUCAAAAUUUACAAAAUUCCGGACGGUAAACCAGAGAACCAGUUUGCAUUUAACGGCGAAGCAAAGCCAAGGGACUUUGCGUUACACAUAGUGGAAGAGGUGCAUCAACACUGGCAGAAUCUCAUCAAACGGGAAACACCUGCAGGAGGAAUCGCAUGUACAAAUCUAACAGUCACGGACAGUUCGUUUAAAGUCAGUGUGGAAACUGCUGAAGAAAUAUUAGAGAAAGCUCCAGAACCACGAGAGCCACAAACCGUGGAGCCGAUUGUUGAUAAAUGGCAUUACGUACAUCUUAAGUGAGAUUAGCAGAAGAUAUAUCUCGCAUCGAUACAUGUUUAGAUGCCCGCGCAUACUCGCAUGUUGUGCUAGCACGUAACGGAAUACCUCGUUUAUUAUUUUCACGAGGUGGUUCAUUCUAAAGUUUUGAUACACCCACGCUAGCUCUAAUUAAUAUUUAAACUGCACUGCGUGCACUCUGAACACCGGAACAAGGGACGCUCAACUAUACACGGUGGAACAUGACAGCUUGGUUGUAUGUUAGUUUAUUAUUUAUUUGAAUGUAGUACUAUUAGAUAAGUCUACAUAUACAAAGCUUCUAUUUAGUUCUAUUUAACAGUUUAUUUUUGGGGGGUAUAAGGAGAAUUGUCAUAGUUUGUAAUACGCUUCUACCGUAAGCAUCGAAGAGAGUGAUAUUAUGGUACUACAGAAUCUUUAGUUCUUAGAAGUUGUUACAUUGCAAAAUCAUGUAAUACAAAUAAAUCGUUUCGAGUGUAAAGAA